ACAUUUCUACUACGCACUUUAACAUUAGGCCUGAUUAAAAAGAAGGUGAGUUAUUUGAAGCUAUGCAUUGAUUCAUUGAUGUUUGUCAGUAUUAACUAAAUCGAGUUAUUAAUCAAAUUGAUAAAUGUUGUUACGUAAUUGAUUCAUUAAAAUGUCUGGAAAUACUGUUACUUGUUACCAAAGCGAAAGUGAAAGAAAAGGAGGGCAGGCUGCAAUCAAAAACAACAUAAAAAAAAGUUUAGUGUGCGUGUGCGUGAUCCCUUGAACAGAAACGCAAUGGUGUUUUUCACCGUCUGUAACACCCGAAGAAAGGUUUCUAAAAACAAGUCACUGAAAUGAACUACAGGCCAGUCGCGUUCUUGUUGCUUUUCUCCUUUUCAAACUAUACUGAGCACGACACAGUUUGGGCUGCGGAUAAGUACACCACUGAUAGGUGUGAACAUCCUGUCCGGUUGCAAUUUACAGAUGAAUUUGAAGAACAUUCCUUUCUUGUCGGCAGAAUCUAUCGCUAUAAUUGCACACGUGGUUACAAAAGAAAAGCUGGAACCUCCUCUCUCAUCCGCUGCAUGAAUGAAAGUGGGACAGUUCAGUGGUCAGUUCCCAACCUAAUAUGCAUCAGAGACCCAAAAUUAAAAGGAGCCACAGAUCCUCCACAAAUUAAUAAAGGUAUUACUGCAGCAAAGGGGCUUUUAAGAACAUUAACAGAUCCAGUCCCAGAAACAACCACAUUACCUUUUACUACAUUCACACCAUCAGCACCAGCCCAGCCGGAGACGAAAGCUACCACUACGAGAACCAUAGAAGGAAAAAAAAUAGCUUUGCCUGAAACGCCACCUCCCAGCGUACCAACUACUGAAAACAGAAUGUCAUCUCAGCCCGUAAUUACAGGGCAAGUGCUUGAAUAUCGAACUGCGACAAAAGCCCCAGAAACAGCAACUUCCACAGAACUGUCAACCAUCACUGUCCCCUAUGUAAGCACAGCAGAGGCCUCUUCCUCUUCAAAGUCACCACCAGCUCUUACAACUCUAAUGCCAGUGCCCUCAACAUCAAGGCCAUCUCAGCACACCACAGCUGAUAUUACGGCAGGCAUUGUUGAGACAACCGAUAGAGAGAGAACUCCACAAGCUUCAGCCUCACUGUCUCCCACUUCACCAACUAUUCAAUACAGAGUAUCGUCAACAGAGCCUAUAGUUACUUACAAAGUUCCAGAUAUUACAGAACAAUCUAGUGCUGAAAGUGUUGGUGCAAUGGCAGGAGUUUCAAUAGCUGCUGUGCUGUUCGUUAUUAUUCUUCUUGCUGUUGUGAUAUGCAAUCAUAAAAGAAAAUGGGGCAGGAAUAUAAUUGUAACUCCAGCAUCAGAACUGCAACCCAUGACAAAUCCAGAGCAACCACCACCUGAUGUCAUGUUAAGUUUAAAUGUGCCAGUAACUGAAAAUGGAGACACAGUGGAAUGA